GGAAGCAUCUCUCCCAGUGCCAGGGGGAAGAUGAGUCUUACGAUCUGUCUUUGGUGCUGGGGGAGGGAGUGAGUAGCAUGGGAGGGGACGUCCUUUCCUUCCUGGAGGAAGCUGGUGUUCUGCACAAGCUUUGAGUUUCAUCUAUUAACGUUUAAAUGUUUUUUACAAAAGUUUUAUGCUACUGUUUAUUAUUUAUGUUUCUUACCUUGCAAUGCUUGAUAUUAGUCUUAAGCUUUUAUUUUAAAUUCAACGACAUAUUACCCACGCUGUUGCUUUGCAAGGGAUGAAAUUACCACAAACAAUCAAACAAGUGUAUCCCUCAUAUUCAAAAUCGCUCAUAAUUCGUAAUGUUUUGCUAUUAAAAUUGUUUGUGACAGUUCGACUUCUAUCAUUCAUAUACCCUUGAGUUUUAAUAAUAUCUAAACUCUGUAAUUUUCCAUAUAUGUCCAAAAUUUUAUGAACACACCCAGGCACAGAGGCUUUGUCAUUCUAAUUUAUCUGUUGUUUGGUUUUUCACCAAAGAUUGACCUUGAGGAAUCAGAUGGCAAGAGGACACAAUACAAAAUUUCACUAAUGGUGAGACAUCGUGCCAACCUCCAGGAACUUACGGAGGCACUUAACUGCUCUGCUCGUGAACAGAAGACACUUCCAUUAAACAUAUUUCAGAUGGUUGAAGUAAUGUUUCGUCAUUAUCGGGCCAUUAAGUAUGAAUUGGUUGGUCGUCGUAACUUCUACUCGGCAGGAGGAGAGUUUGGAACGCCAUAUCCAAUUGGAUGUGGCAAGGAAGGUGUGACUGGUUUUUUUGGGUCGAUGAGGCCUGCAUCUUGGAAGGAUGGAUCUCUCUUACUGAAUAUUGAUGUUGCACACACAGCAUUCUAUAAAGAACAACCUCUUCUGAACUUUAUUCAAGACUUCAUGAAUUUUAGGGAAGAUGAUUUUCAUAGACCAUUAGAGCCAUUUAAACGAUCAAAACUUUUGCAAGAACUAAGAAAUAUUAGGGUGCAAGUUACACACUCCAAUAUCCCUCGCACUUACAAGAUUAUAGAUGUUUCAGAACAUUCUGCCGAGAAACAAACAUUUCCUUUAAAAGAUGAGAAUACUGGGAACACAGUUUACUGCACCAUUGAAAACUACUUCAAGAACCAAUAUGGAAAAAAAAUUAAGUUUCCAAAGUUGAACUGUGUACAAGUGUCUCCUGCUGAAAGGAAUGUGUUUAUUCCAUUUGAGCCACCAACAAGCAACACCACCUCCUCCUCAGCUCCAGCCUGGCGGCGACCAUGGCGUCCCUGAAGCUGCGUGCCCUCCUCUGGGCACCCUCACCAACCAGCUCUCUCUACUCAACGCAUGUAACCAUGCUGCCUACCUAGCACCAAGCUGCAUUGUACAUCCAAUACAAUAUGUAUAGAGAGAGCACAUCGUGAGUUUCCUUUCUCCAACCCAUCCUGAGAGUGAACCAAUAUCUCAUAACCCUACACUGGCCUUAGACGGGACAACGCAUCUGCCCAAUUGUUUUGUACUUCCGGUAUGUGAGUUGCUUUGAGGUAAAGUGUUUGCGUUACACAAACUUUGAAAAAAAUUUCCGAUAGGUUUAGAAGAGGCCAAGAUCUGGUUGAGCCUUGAUUGAGACAAAACACUGCCUUUCUGUUGUCCAUGGCAAACAGAAUCGUCAUGUUUUUGAAAUUUGGGUUUGCCAACAAAAAGAAUAGGACUACUGCUAAUUUUUUGUUUGUGUUUGUCCCAAAGGGAGUUGCUCCACUUCCCUUGAAGGAACUCUCCAUUUGAGGAAUGGUAUCCCCAUCCUAUUUAGGAUGUGUCUGUACAAAUGAAGCUAGACGUCGCAUUCUGGAUUGAACAAAAAUAACGUCGUCAGUUACCCAUCUGAAACUGAAAGAAAUAGGACCCUGGUUGUUGCUGUAGUAAAAUUAACGUAAAAAAAUAUGUACCGGUAUGUGUAAAUUAAUAUACAGUAGAAGUAACCACCGAUGGUAAAGAAAAAAGUGAAACUGAUAGCGGAAUGUCAACGUAUACGUGCGCACUCAAGGAAACGGCGUAAUAUAUCUUAAGAAUAUGUACAAAAGAUUCAUUAUUAUUUACCCGCAUUAAUGAUUAUGUAAUUGAUUGAAUUAAUGUUUAUAUAUGCAAAAUGAACAAUACAAUUCAUUAAUAAUAUGUAGAAAAUUAAAAUACACAAGAGGAGACGAGACGACAUUGUUUUCGUUAGUGUUUACACCCUUGAUGAUGGUUCUACAUAUGAAACUGAAAAAAAUAAGACCCUAGUUGUAGCUGUAGUAAAAUUAAUGUAAAAAAUGAAUAUGUAUGUUUUAAGUAAUGGUAUUUAAUGU